GGCAGGCUGUAGGGAGGGGUAAGAAAAUUAUAAGGUCAUAUGAAUUAGAGCGACGGGAAAAUGGAGAUAGUGGACGCGCGGUGACGGAGGAAGAUCCGAGGAGGGAUGAACUGAGAGGCGGAGAGCUGAAUCAGCGGACCCGGGGUUCAGUAGCAGGGCGGCGGAGAGGUGCCGGCGGUGCGGGUGCGGGUAAACCGGGAAACGGGAGGAGGUUUCUCUGCUAAAGCCGAUCAAGGUGGGAUUGGGGCAGCAGGCACGCGCUAUCUGCCUCCACACGCACGAGCCAGGGACUGCGGACACAGAGAGACAGGAUGUUGCGGCUGGCGUGUUCCACAGCGCUCCUCUUCGUCUUCAGGCUCCUUCUCGGUUUGCCGUGGCUUCAGGUUGUCGCUGCCUGUCUCAUAUUCUUCUUCGGCACUGGAGGAUGGACGUCCUUCCGGGUGUUUGUGAAAACCAUCGGCCGGGAUUUACAUGCUGCUGGUGUUCUACUAAAGGUAAAGCUCAAUGUAAAGCGUCACUUACGCCAGCGCAACACCAUACCCAGGAUCUUCGCGGAGACUGUGCAGAAAUAUGGUGAUAAAACGGCUCUGAUCUUCGAGGGGACGGGGGAGAAAUGGAGCUUCCGGGAGCUGGACGACUAUUCCAACCGCGUGGCCAACCUGCUGUACCAGCGCGGCUUCAGGGAGGGGGACGUGGUGGCGCUGUUCAUGGAGAACCGCUCGCAGUACGUGGGGCUGUGGCUGGGCAUGGCUAAAAUCGGCGUGGAGGCGGCCCUCAUCAACUUCAACCUGCGGCUGGAAGCCCUGGUGCACUGCGUCAACAUCUCCGGCUCCAAGGCCGUGAUCUUCGGCAGUGAGCUGACUGAUGCGAUGUGUGAGGUGCACAGCUCUAUGGGGAAGACGGUGAAUCUGUUCUGUUCUGGAGACUGGGAUCCUAAACGUGUCCCUGAGGGAACGGAGUGCCUGGAGCCGCUGGUGGAGAACGCCCCCUCCCACAAACCCAGUAACCCCCCCCAGCGCGGCUUCACCGACCGCCUCUUCUACAUCUACACCUCCGGAACCACCGGCAUGCCUAAAGCUGCUAUUGUAGUACACAGCAGGUACUACCGCAUGGCUGCUCUGGUGUAUUACGGGUUUGGGAUGAGGUCUGAGGACGUGCUGUACGAUUGCCUCCCGCUGUAUCACUCAGCAGGUAACAUUGUGGGAGUUGGACAGUGCCUGAUUCAUGGGAUGACCGUCGUCAUCAAGAAGAAGUUCUCAGCAUCUAAAUUCUGGGAUGACUGCAUCAAGUAUAACUGCACUAUUGUUCAGUACAUCGGGGAGAUCUGCCGGUAUCUGCUGAAUCAGCCGGUUCGGCAUACGGAGCAGCAGCACCGAGUCCGCAUGGCUCUGGGUAACGGCCUCCGCCAGUCCAUCUGGGAGGAGUUCAUGCAGCGCUUCAACGUGCCGCAGAUCGCCGAGUUUUACGGAGCCACAGAGUGUAACUGCAGCCUUGGCAACUUCAACAACAAGACUGGUGCCUGUGGCUUCAACAGCCGGAUCCUCCCCUAUGUUUACCCAAUCCGACUGGUCAGAGUGGAUGAGGAGACCAUGGAGCUCAUCAGAGGACCUGAUGGAGUGUGUAUACCCUGUGGUCCAGGUGAACCCGGUCAAUUGGUGGGCAGAAUUAAACAGAACGACCCGCUGAGACGCUUUGACGGCUACGUUAACGAAACCGCCACCAAUAAAAAGAUUGCCCACAGUGUCUUUAAGAAAGGAGACAGUGCCUACCUGUCAGGUGAUGUGCUGGUGAUGGACGAGUGCGGCUACAUGUACUUCAGAGAUCGCACAGGAGACACGUUCCGCUGGAAAGGAGAGAACGUCUCGACCACUGAGGUGGAGGGAACACUGAGCCGCCUGCUGGAUAUGAAGGACGUGGUGGUGUACGGGGUGGAGGUGCCAGGUGUGGAGGGUAAGGCUGGUAUGGCGGCGGUUGCAGAUCCGGAGAACUCUACUGAUCUGGAGAAGUUCAGCAGGGAUCUGGAGAAAGCUCUGCCUGUGUACGCUCGUCCUGUCUUCCUGCGCUUCCUGCCAGAGGUCAACAAGACAGGGACCUUUAAGUUCCAGAAGACUGAAAUGCGUCGGGAGGGCUUCGACCCGUCGCUGGUGUCGGACAGACUGUAUUUCCUGGACUGCAGUAAGGGAAGCUACGUGCCGCUGGAUGCAGAACUCCACCGUUCCAUCGUCUCAGGAAAGCAGAAACUGUGAGAGGCCAUUACCAUCCCCGCCUGCUCAGUCAUAUAAAUAACUCCGCCCCGAGCCCCGCCCCCUUCCACUGCCCCCGCCCCUUUUUACCUCAGCAUCCACAGUGAGGGGCAGCAGGACUGCAUUCAACUCACACAUUUACGCUCCUGAUCCCGACCCGUCCAUCCGUUCUGACACCCGGGAGCGCAUCACACGCAACGGCGCGCGACUGAGAGAAACGCAAGAUACGCGAGAGACUGAGAAACGCGAGAGGAACACAAUGAAGAACACACUUCUGUUAGAAAAACAUAAAAUAAAAUAAUACAAUACAAUAAAAUACAACAAGCUGAAGCUUUUCCUCCUCUGCCUAACCUGCACAAUGUCUGCUGACCUGGAAUAAAAAAACAUGUGAUUAGAUUUAUCCAAAAGAAGGACAAAAAAUAACUUUAAAUAAAUUCCACUCAGUAAAAUGAUGGAAUGGGAUUAAAAUCUAAGAAAAGGGUUUACUUGAACUUGAACCUGAACCUACGCACUCCAAAAAGCUUCUGCUGCUUCUGCUCAGAGUUGGAUGGUGGAUUGCAACCAAACCAAAAAUGCAUGAUUUAUUAAUAUUAUUAUUCAUAUUAUUAUAAUCGAUAUUAUCGUGCAAUAUCAGUCCAGCCCUGGCAGAGCAAUAGACAGCCAUAAAAUCAAUCGAUCCGUCGAUCAAUUGAUAUCAGUGCUAUUUAUUUCAUUCUGUGUGUGCGUGAACCAAAUAUAUUUAAGUUAAUUUAAGUAGAAUAGAUUACUGUAUGUUAUCUAUCAAUUUAUAAUUUAGUGUAUGAAUGUAUCUAUGUGUAUAUGUAUGAUAUAUCAUACAUGAGCAUCAUUAUGUGUUGUAUGUUAUAUAUUUGCCAAAUAUGUGCCUGUCAGUAGAGGGCAGGUUUUAUUUUUUUUUAUUUGUUUGGGGUAUUGUUUUUGUCAGGUAAAGGUGUGUUUAGCCCUAUCCGGACGGGAUUAGUUUAUGUGUAAAAUAUUUCACUCUUUUACUUCUAAAUGAUAAAACUCCUGCAUCCGGACUGCAAUUAAAAAAACAGGAGGAUCAGAGAGUUUUUAGGUUUUCUCAGUCACAUGACAUCUCGAUGUUCAGUAGCUCCUCCAUUUCCAUUCGCUGUUGUGUUGUUUUACACGGAUCUCCUUGGAAACGCACGCCCAAAGUGUACAGUAAUUACGGUGCGCGGCAGUGGACAAAUAGCUAUUUUAUUUUACAUAAAAGGCGAGGACACGAAAUCUGAAGCACGGAGUUCAGAGAAAAACAGUAGAUAAUUCAGCGCACAUGGUUGUUCUGGAUGUGAAUAAAAUCACAGAGGAUAAAAACCCCCCAUAAAAGAGGUUGAGAAACUAAUCCAGUCUAGAAAGGACUACAGGCAGCGUACAUUGUGCAGACUAGGCUGGGCUGGUCAGGCUUCAGAUCUGUAAGGAAACAUCGCUUUUUUUGUCUUUAUUUUUUAUUUCUCUGCUGGAUUUUUCUCGACGUCUUUGCAUGAAGUCUGACGAGACGAGAAGCGCGACGAGGCACUCUGGCGCUACAGAACACCACCUCCUCCCACAGGCUCCGUAGCAGCGCCCCCUAAUGGCCGAACAAGCUCUAAAAAUACAAAUAAAAGACUCCAAAGGGAAGGAACACGAUUGCUUCUUCAUCUGGAUCACCCCCUGCUUAUCUCUUCUAUUGUGUUUUAUCUGCAGCAUCAUGAAUGAUCAACACAAACAGAGCACUGUGCCUUACUGUGAGCUCAGCAGCACCUGGUCUUACAGGCCUGCUCCCAAUCCUCUUAUCAACCCUCCUCCAUUUAGCUUGUGCACACUUGCUUUGUUCCCUCGUUAGGGUCCCUCGUUAGGCUGCCUGUCUGAAGAGUCAUGCCGAGUCACUGUUGGUUUGUGCAUGCUUGGCUGAGCCCCUCCCUUCAGCUUUCUAUACUAAAGCAUUCAGACCCUGUGUCUUACUGUAUUUCCUCUCCCUGCUCCUGCCGUAUCCCAUAUAUCCAAUAUCCCAUACCCCAUAUCAAAUCCGUAAACUUCUCUGAUUCCGUCCGAGCAUCCGUGGUGUGUGAGCACUCUUAUUCAUUGCACUGUAAUAUUAGAAAAUAAGAAAAUUAGAACAUUUUAAAACUUCAACCACUUUUUAUUCCCUUUUUCCUCAAAAAACAGCAAUCCACUCCAUUUCUCCAUUCCUUUCAGUCUGUCCACCAUCACCACCACCCUCUGGUCUCUUUAAAAAGCUCCACAGUCAGACUGCGUUCACACAACAGCAUCAGCAGGUCAAAAAAUACAAAUAAAGAGGCCCAAAUCAAUAAUUCUGCAAAUUUUCUGACCAAAUCCAACCAAAAACCUUUAUCCAGGGCUGUACUCCUGUUUUAAUGUGAUCUGCUGUAUAACUAAACAGUCUCAGUGCUGUUUAACUUUUAAGAUGUUUCGGUAAACAUGUAAGAAAGGCUCAUAACCACUGAUUGAUUCUUAUUUUUCUGUUUUAUUCAGUACACUUCCCUUUGUGUCAGUAUAUCAGUAAUACAAAAUGAACCAUGUCUACACGCAGCACAGGGAGCAGAGAGCUUCAGCACCUGCAGUGGACCACACUAAAGCUUUCACACUUGAUCAACUUUACAUUCUGUAAAGGAAAAAAUCUUGAAAGGAGGAUCACAGAGCACCAUUAAUGCACUAAUGCACUGAUUCGCGCUUCACAUGAAGUUUCGGUUUCAUCCUAAAAACCAAGAAUCUCCAGAAUCGCAGUUAUACAGCAUUUCAGCAUCACAUAUUGAAGUGAAACUAUUUGUUUUUACCUGUUGUGUGAAUGUAAAGCCUUAAAGCCAAAAGAUUGUGUUUAAUAGAGACAGUGGGAGUGGAAAUGUGGAGAAUGUGGAAAGCUGAAGAAGUGGACCUGAUCCAAUACCCCCUUAACUCCAUUCCUAAUAAUGAUACCAGUUAAUUUAUUUAUAUAAAUGUGUGUGUGUUGGGGUUUGUGUGUGUGUGUGUGUGUGUGUCCACAUGAAAGGAAAGGAAAUGAAUAGCUUCUUGUGACGGCUGUUAGUAGUGAGGUGUUAGUCUGAGUCACAUGUUGUUGCUGUUUGAGCAGGAGGCUAAUUGUGCUGCUUUUUUUGAUUAUUGUUGAUGAUUUUUGAUGAGUUUUGUCCCCAUACUUUUACAUCCAGCAAGGGCAGCAAAUGCACUGAUCAGUAAGGUUGGAAGGAGGUGUUGUCUUUACUAGAACCUGUCUGAUAAAUCUUAAAGUUUUCUGAUAAUAUCAGCCGAUUUUGAGCUUCUGAGGACAGAAUUCCAAAUGAUAAAUAUAUAUAUACAUAUAUAUAUAUAUGUAUAUAUAUAUAUAUACAUAUAUAUAUAUAUGUAUAUAUAUAUUGAUCUAUACUGUAUUAAUAAAUAUUGGCUUGUCUUUUAUUUAGUAUUAUGUUGUACUGGAAACUCUCACUUCUAAGGCUCACUUAUAUGCAUGCUUAAAGCAGAGCUUCGGUGUAAAAUUGAGUUUUUGGUGUAUUAAAACAUGAUAAAAAGUACUAAACUUUGUUAAAUAGCACACUCCGCUCUCCAGCAGCUUUCUGAGAUCCAGUAAUCUUGUGCUUUUUGCCCAGCACUCUUUACAAAGGGCACUUUGGGGCAUAUUUUGCCGAUGUCAGAGCUGAAUAAAAAGCUGUGUAAAAAGUGAUUUAUCUGCAGGGUAAAAUAUGCCCAUAUCAUUCAUUCUAAAACCUGGUGAGCUAUUCAACAAAAGGUUAGUACUUUUUGAUGAUGUUUUACUACAACAAAAGUCCAUUUUACACCGGAGUUCUCCUUUAAGGUGGCAUGAUAGCAUUUGAAUUUCCACUAAUCCGAUAUAACAACACAAUAUUGAUUACUGCAUCCUUUAGGAUCUAGUCCAACACUGAUAAAAAUGUAUUAUUAAAGUUGCAGAUUGGGAAUGCAUUAUAUUUGAUAAAUUAGACCGAAUUAAUUCCAAUUAUAUGUUAAUUACACAAAUGAAGCCAGGCAAAAAACAUUAAAUUCUCCAAAAAAAUAAUGAAACAUUAUAUACAUAUAUAAACUUAAGCUUUUAAAACAUAAGAGAUUUUUUUUUUAAAAGCAUAUGAACAGAAUUAUUUGGCCUAUAUUUUUUUCUAGACGCUUGCGACUGGUGUCUAUCUCCGUUUUCAUAUCAGACGAGCCCUAGCUUGUACACUCCACACUCUUUUUAGCUUUUUUUUGUAUUUUAAAUUAUUAUUUUUUAAAAGACUUGAUUUGUUCGGAAUUGUAAGGGGUUGAAUUGUGUUGGUCUGCUUUAGUGUGUGUGUGUUUUGGGUUCUCUUUGUUUUUUUAUUAUAGGUGUGUGUUGUGUUUGUUGUGGGUGUGUGUGAGAAACAGAGAGAGGACAAACACUCAUGAACUCACCUGAGCUCACCUGAGACUCGGGAUUGAACGUGUGUGUGUUGUGUGUGUGUGUGUUGGUGUUUGCACAUGCAGUCCUAUGACAGCAGGUAGUCGAUGCACUUUGCUGAGGCCUGUCUCUCUCUCUCUCUCUCUGUCUGUCUCUCUCUCUCUCUCUCUCAGAAGCACACACUUCAUUGCUUACUUUCUCACAAAUCCUGCUUUAAUAUUUUAUAUUUCUGAAGCAGAUUCUUUAUGUGAAGGAUUUAUGUUUAUGUAAAUUAUGCUGUUUCUUUUGGUCUGUUGAUCAUCAUACAGUCUCACAGUCCCAAAUGGUUCAGUAGUGUUUAGGCCUGUCACACAAACAAUUUUGUGGUCGAUAUAUUGUCCCAAAAGUUAUUGUGAUACACAAUAUUUUUGCCAUUUUAUUUGUAAUUAAAUGCCACUGAUAUAAUGAUAACAGAAUAGCGUAAAAUUAUACAAUUAUACACUUUUUAAAGACAGCCCCAGAAAAGAAAGAAUUAUUAUUUAUUUUAUAUUAAUUAGUUUGGGAAUUAUAUACUUAUUUAUUCACCUACUUCUGUCACAGUUAUUGAAGCAUGACUGGAUAAAAUACUGUUUAUUGUAAUACAUCUAAACAAACAUACAAAUAAACACAACAGAAAUAUAGAUAUAGAUAUUGCGAUUAUUAAAAAUGAUUGAGGUUGUGUUCAUUUAUUGUGCAAUGAAUCGACAUUGCAAUUAUUGUGACUGGCCUAGCUGUGGUGGUCCUGUAGUCUAAAAUGUAAGAAAUGCUGUUUAAUAAGGCAGAAUUCUGGGGCACAGAUAAUCAAAUACGUAUCUUAAAGAUUUACUCACGGAAUUUCCACUAGAUUUAAGGUCCAUAUUGGUUAAACAGGUAAUAUGCUGUAGGGCUGGGCGAUAUGGCCCUAAAAUAAUAUCAUGAUUUUCCACAAUACUUCUGGCGAUAUGACAAAACACUGAUUUAAAUAUAUAUAUAUAUAUAUAUAUAUAUAUAUAUAUAUAUAUAUAUAUAUAUAUAUAUAUAUAUAUAUAUAUAUAUAUAUAUAUAUAUUUCAAGAAUACACUACUGCAACAAAAUUAAAAUUAAAAUGUAUUAUUGCAUACAAUAUAAUAUAUGGCACACCCCUAUCUGAGAUGUUAUAAAAAAAUACAAGAAUUUUAUCAGAUUUGUAACAGAAGCCAGGAAUCCAGAAUUAUUAGUCAUGAUAAUAAUAAUAAUAAUAAUACACUCCAAAUAUCUCCAUAUAUCCAGGAUUAAAGUUAAAUAAAUGAUACUGGACAGAUAUAAUCUGUCUCUAGUAGAUAUAUAAUGGGAAAUUAUGAGAACAGUGUGAAUUUUUCUUUUGAUAAAAACAGUAAAAAAAAAAAAAAAGUAGAAAUAAGAAAGGCUCAUAACCACUGAUUUAUUCUUAUUUCCUGUUUUAUUCAAUAUACUUCCCUUUCCGUCAGUAUAUCAGUAAUACACAAUGAACCAUGCAUGCGACCCUACACGCAGCACAGGGAGCGGAGAGCUUCUGCACCUGCACUAGACCACACUAAAGCUUUCACCCUUGAUCAGCUUUACAUUCUGUAAAGAAAAAGCUUUGAGAGGAGGAUCACGGAGCACCAUUAAUGCACAUUAAUGCUCUAUUUGGGACUUUGAGACACGACACCUACCCUAAAAAAAAUCCCAAUAUCCCUUUUUAAACAACAAAUGAAGUCUUAGGGGCCGUCGUCUUGCAGCUGUGUUUUGGUGAAAUGAGGUAAACCCGGAUUUUCUUUGCUUUUUUCCUGUAACUGUGAACAAAAACGACUCCAACCAGAACUUGUAAAGACAUUUCAGAUUUUCUACAAUUUACAAAAAAAGUAUUUGUUAUUUUUUCAUUGUCUUCGAUCAUAAAGACGCUCAGCUGCAAGACAACUGCUCUCAGACUGAAGGGUGCUGUGUAUGAUAUUUUAUUGUAUUUUAUUUCAUUAGUUUAUAGAGCUUAAAACUGUGUCAACAAGUGUGUGAGUGCGUUUUUCUUGUUUUUCUUUAUUUUUCUUCAUUUUUUUUUAUUGUUUAUGGUUUAUUUUUCUGUUCUAUGUUUUAUAAAGGACCUGUUUGUUGUCCAAAGGGAAAAAUGAACUGCAGGAUGGAAGCAGGUAUCGCUGUUGUCCUGUAGACGGUACUGUUUCCCCUCAGUUGACCAAAACCAUUUUGUUUUCUUGUUUUCAUAAAUUAUUCACACUGACAGCUCUGAA